UGAUCUAUUGUCGGUGUAUCUUUUCAUUCUUUGUGCUUAAGGGCUCUCAGCGGCAAAAAAAAAAGGCAGCUAGGGAGAGAAUGUCACUCAAAUCUAUACUAAAAGCAUACGAGAAGGAGCCCCCAUUAGUUACACACCUGUUUUUCGCUGAUGAUAGUGUGUUCUUUUGUAGGGCUAAUAAACAGGAGAGUCUAUCACUGAAAGCUAUACUUAAAGCAUACGAUAAGGAUUCAGGCCAGCUGGUUAACUUUCAGAAAUAUGAGAUUUCCUUUUGCGAGAAAGUGAAACCCCACCAUAAGCUCACCAUUAGUGGGAUUCUGGAGAUGCGGAUGGAUGAGAAGCAUGAUAAGUACCUUGGGCUCCCAACUGUGGUAGGGAGGUGUAAGAAAGAAAUAUGUCAAAGCCUGAGGAAAGGGUUUGCUUGAAAUUGAAAGAAUGAAAGGAGAAGACUAUUUCAAUUGUACGUAGAGAGACCCUCAUCAAGUCGGUAGCCCAAGCUCAACUUUCGUAUGCCAUGUCUCUAUUUCGGAUACCAUAUGUGAUUUUGGAUGAGAUCCACAAUAUGAUCACAAACUUUUACUGGGGACAAUGAGGAACUGAAAGGCGUAUACACGGGGUACGAUGAGAAGAGAUGGUGUAUGCAAAAUCGGAAGGCAAAUUGGGCUUCAUGUACCUGUAUGGCUUUAAUGAAGCUUGCUUGCAAACAACAUUGGCGGUUUAUUAGCGUCCAAAUUCACUUGUGAUGCUUAUAAUGAAGGCCAAGUAUUAUAAAAAUUCUUCAUCCCUUGAAGCAUUGGUUGGCUACCAAUCAAGUUUUAUUUGGCGGAGCAUUAUGAGUGCUUAGGAGCUUCUGCUGGGAGGAUUGAGAUGGCUCAUUGGUGAUGGGAGUAAAGUUUGUAUAUGGGUGAUAAGUGGUUGGUAAAGUACCCAUUCUAUAUCAGUGAAACGCUUGUGGGACUCGAAGUAAUGGCAACUAUGCGGGAACUAAUCGAGCCGAACACGAAAUAGUGGGAUUUGAACUUGAUAGAGGCAUGUUUUGAGUCGGAGACCACACAGAUUAUUAAAAAAAAUACCCAUGCGGGGAAGUGAAUAACAAUCCCUUGUUGUUCUUCCUCUGUUCUUCAACCCCAACUCUCACUCUGCUUCUCCAAUUCUACGCCGAGCUACCGUGCAUCUUGGAUGAAGGGAUUACUUGUGAGGUUUGUUUGAUUCCCCAUUAUGUUCCCCCUUAUAUCAACCCCCUUUCGCUUGAAUUCGCAAAUAAGUCUGAUUGUUGUUUUGACUUUCUUCUUCACCUCGGUUCCCCGUCUGCCUCUUCAAUUCCACCCUGAGCUAUCGUCCAUAUGGGAAGAAGGGAUUACUGGCUAGUUAGCCAGACAACCUGUCUAUCUACAUCCCAUGAUAUAAUCUUACCUUGAAGAAAGGAUUCCCAAUUGUGGUUCCCAACUCCAUCUACAAUUAGUAUACUAAAUUAAGUUGCAGUGUUUUCAGCUUCCUUUCCCUACCCUUUCAUUGUACUAAACAAGGUACAUCAACCCCUUCAGGUAAAUGAUCUUUCUUCUCACUUCUAAUCCUCUCGUCAUUUUUGCUAUUAAUCGUUCCUAAUCGGAGAAGCUCAUAGCACUCUAGGGCACCGGUCUGUCAUAUCAUUGCAAUGAUUCGUCGUCGUAUCACUCAUGAUGCAUUCUCCUCACAAGUUGUUACAACUAACGUUCAAAUUUGUCUAGGCUAGGUUCAUGAAGGCAUUAGAGAUGAAAGCCAACUUGAAUAACAAAACCAUUCUAUCAGG